UAUGUGAUCGUAUACAAAUGUAAGAAAGGUUUGAAAUUAUUCUGUUUUAUUAUAUUAAGCUUCUUGCGGUCAAUUUGCAGUAGACAAAUUAUUAGUAAUCAUGUUCUGACCCUCUGACCAUCCGCUCAAGAAAAAAAAUCGUCGCGCAGCUGAAUUUAGUUGAUGAUCCCUGAUACAAGAGAACGGAGUUAGCUAAGCGUUUCUCAGAUCUAUGCUGUAGAUCUAUGCUUUAGAUCUAUGCUGUAGUGACACAGCACAGAGUUCAUGAAGAGUAGGUAGGGGGAUAACAUCUGAUCAGACCAUGUCAGACAAUCUCCUGGAAGAGAUCUUUAUAAAACGCUCCCAGCAGAAGAAGAAGACUUCCCCUUUAAACUUCAAAGAGAGGCUGUUCAUCCUCACACAGGACAAGAUCGCCUACUACGACUAUGAUCUGGACAAAGGGAAAAAGAAGGGGUUGAAAGGCACCGUGGGCAUCGAUAAGAUCAAGUGUGUGGGGACAGUACAGCCGGAGCCCAGUGCCCCCGCGGAGCGCCAGUACCCAUUCCAGAUAAUCUACGAUGAGGGCCCACUUUACAUAUUCGCCAAGAGCGACGAGGUCCGAAAGCAGUGGAUCCACAAGCUGAAGCAUGUGGUGCGUUUCAACAAGGACCUGAUGCAGAAGUACCACCCAUGCUUCUGGAUGGACGGCAUGUGGCAGUGCUGCCAGCAGGAAGUCAAACAGGCUAUGGGCUGCAGGGUGCUGGAGAACAAGAAUGUAGGGGUUUCAAAGGGGUCUCGGAGGCAAUCCAGAAAACCCCUUCCACCUACGCCAGAAGAGGAGAAACCUUUAAGGCCUUUACCUCCGCAGCCUCCCGAGGAGCCUGCUCUCACCACAGGCAUGACGGUGGUCGCUGAGUACGAGUACACACCCUCCACGCCCCAGGAUCUGGAGCUGAGGAAGGAUGAGGAGUACAUAAUUCUGGAGAUGUCUGACUCCAACUGGUGGAGGGCCAGGGACAAAUACGGCAAGGAGGGAUACAUUCCCAGUAAUUACGUUGUGGAGGCUGGAAAUGAACUGGAAAAGUUUGACUGGUACUGCAAGAGCAUGAACCGUAGCCAGGCAGAGAAUCUGUUGAAGACAGAGAACAAAGAUGGUGGUUUCUUAGUGCGAGACUCAAGCAAAGCUGGGAAGUACACCGUUUCUGUGUUCACCAAGGGCGGGGAGACUGCGGGUAACUGCAGACACUACAACAUCUGCACCACCCAACAAGGCCAGUUCUACUUGGCAGAGAAGCACAAUUUCAGCAGCAUCCCAGACCUCAUUAACUACCACCAGCACAAUGCAGCAGGUAUGGUCAGCAGGCUGAAAUACAUUGUGUCAAGUCGUGCAAAAAAUGCCCCUUCCACAGCAGGGCUUGGUUACGGGGUAUGGGAGAUUGACCCACGCCACCUCACCUUCAUCAAGGAGCUGGGCAACGGGCAGUUUGGAGUGGUGAAGUAUGGGAAGUGGCAGGGCCAGCAUGACGUGGCCAUCAAGAUGAUCAAGGAGGGCUCCAUGUCUGAAGAUGACUUCAUAGAGGAGGCCAAAGUCAUGAUGAAACUCCGCCACGAGAACUUGGUUCAGCUGUACGGCGUGUGCACCAAACAAAGGCCCAUCUACAUUGUCACAGAGUUCCUCUCCAACGGCUGCCUACUCAGCUAUCUGCGGGAAGGGCUGAAGCAGCAUCCAUCCCCCGUCCAGCUCCUGGAAAUGUGUAAAGACGUCACAGAGGGCAUGGCCUACCUGGAGGCUCAGCAGUACAUCCACAGAGAUCUGGCUGCAAGAAACUGCUUGGUAGAUACCAAUGGGACCAUUAAAGUCACUGACUUUGGACUGUCGAGGUAUGUCCUGGAUGAUGAGUACACCAGCUCUGCAGGCUCCAAGUUCCCAGUGCGCUGGUCUCCUCCUGAGGUCCUGCUCUACUGUAAAUUCAGCAGCAAGUCAGACAUCUGGGCUUAUGGGGUCUUAAUGUGGGAGGUCUACACCUUAGGGAGGCUUCCCUACGAACGGUUAAACAACAACGAGAUAGUGGAACAGGUGUCCCGAGGCCAUCGCCUCUAUCGCCCCCAGUUGGCCAACGACAGAGUCUACACCAUCAUGACCAGCUGUUGGCUGGAUAAGGCGGACGAGAGACCCACCUUUCAGGAGCUGUCGGUGACUGUUCAGGACUUGCUCUAUGAGCUCCAGUAGAUCCAACCACCACAUUCUGAGAUUGAAACACAGUUCGCAGACUCUUCCCUCUGGCAGAUACACUUCCUCACGCAGAGCAGACUCAAGACUUCAUCCCCUCAGGGUCUCAUUCAUUCUGUGCAUCAGCCAUUGAGGAACCUGCUUUAGGAGAAGUAGAUAAAACUGUUAAAGAAGGAUCAGCCAUCCUAUAGGAGAGCUGAGAGAUGCUAUAUGGUUGAACAUGGGACUCCCAUGAUGAACUUCAGUAGUGAAAUAAAAUAUUAUUUGAUGAA